AAAGUUGGAAAGAGAAACCUGUUGUUUUAACUGAAGCAAAUAAUCUGCAAACAGCCUCCAGCACAGCUCAGAGAGAUGGAGCACACCGAGGUGGUGAAGCCAGAAACUCUGAAUGACCUGAUAAAAACCCUGCAUAACAUCUUCGAGAGUGACUCCGUCAAUGUUGAGGAGGUCCAGGCUAUAAUGGAAUCAUAUGAGAGCAAGCCACAGGAAUGGAUGAAAUAUGCAAAGUUUGACCAAUACAGAUACACAAGGAACUUGGUCGAUGAGGGUAACGGAAAGUUCAAUCUCAUGAUUCUGUGCUGGGGUGAAGGCCAUGGCAGUAGCAUCCACGACCACACAAACUCCCACUGCUUCAUGAAGCUGCUGCAGGGUCAGCUGAAGGAGACGCUGUUCGAGUGGCCAGAGGGUAAAUCUCACGGAGACAUGGUCCAAAAGUCACAGAGAAUUCUCCAGGAAAACAAGGUUGCUUACAUAAAUGACAACAUUGGCCUUCAUCGUGUGGAAAAUGUCAGCCACACAGAGUGUGCAGCCAGUUUGCACCUGUACAGUCCUCCCUUCCAGACCUGCCAGACCUUUGACCAGCGGACAGGGCACAGGAGCACUGUCAAGAUGACAUUCUGGAGCAAAUUUGGAGAGAGGACUCCAUUUGAAACCACAAUCUCCCAAGAGAACAACUAAUAGUCACCAAAGGAGGCUCCGGAUGAUGAAGACGGUUGCAUUUAAAAAUGACAAUGAUGUGAAAUUGAUUCAAGGGAAACUGCUGGGGAAGCGAAAUGUGGACCUACUAUGACUAAGCAAACCAUUUCAAAAUCAGGACCGGGCCAGUUCAAAAGGACAACCCAGUAAUUAGAAUGGCUUUAUCGCUGCCCAGUGUGAGCUUGGCAAAUACUGAUGAGCACAGGACGAAUGCAUGAAUAGGCAUGGACAUGGAUUGAAUCUGCCUUUUGUUUGCUGGGCCUGAGGAGACCCUUUUCCAAUAACAACAUUCCUGUCUAUCCAUGACCUGUGCAACCACAUUUUUGUAAAGUUAUGGCCCAUAGCCGAAGAAUAGAGCUUAAGCAUUUCAAAAAAAGGGGAAGAUAUCGCUGUUAUAGUGUUUCUCUCAAAUUUUAUAUCUCAAGAGAAAGAAAAACAUUUUUGCAACCAACAGAGUCAUUCUCAAUGGAGCACUUUCAUAGCUGUAUUUACUGUCAGUUUAUACCACUCAAAAUAGUCUUAACACCUGUUGGAAAUUGUGAUGAAUUGUAACAUUGUUUGUACAGUCUGAUUAAAAAAAAAAAGUUUGUUCCAUUUGGAAAAAGAAAUGUAAAGCUUUAGAGUUGUGUUGUUUUUAAAAGUGCGAUGCUUGUAAUUUAUUUACAGAGUAUUCUGUUCACGGAAGGAGUGUUUAAUUCAGCAAGAUACCAUGUUACUCCUACAUGUAUUCAUACUCAAGUUUUGACCAAGAGAGUUUUAGGGAGGGACGAUUUUGUAUUAUUGGCAGACAAUAUGUUUAGUUAAAACUCAUACUUUUUCUCAGGAUUAUGGCAUAUUUUGAUUGUAGCUGUAUUUAUAUAGUGUGUAGUUUUACAGCAUAGCACCUCUCUUAGCACUGUCAAACGCAUGCAUGCUUUCUGUGAUGCAGCAAAUGAUAAAUCUGGCCAUAACUGUAGACCAAUAAACAUGAUUACCCUGCCACAGAA